AUGCUGCCCACUUUGGACAGCGGACUGCUCGUGGCGCCCGGUCUUUGCUGUCUGCGCGUUCCGGUGCUUGCUGGUUUCGGUUCUCUCACCGGGGCCUCACUCCGGGUCCGGGGCGGUCCGGCGCCACGACUGCGCCCGUCCGCUGCGCGUCCCGUCCCCGUUUCCCGUUCGGGUGCCGCUUCGUUCCUGCCCUGGAACAUAUACACCCUUCCGCCGCGCCCCAACUCGUUUGCCGGGGCGCUCUCCCUGCACUUGGUCGUCCGGCCAACGCUGCCCGCCCUCCCCCCGGCUCUGGGCCCCUUCGCACCUGCUGUCUUCUCGGGCUUGGGGUCCGGUCUGCUCCAGGGACAUGCUCCGCCCCCGCCCCUCCUGCAUCCCUCUCCCGUGCCCCCCUGGGUCCGCCCGGGCGUUUCCGUGGUCGCCUCGCCCGCUGCAUACCCGCUGGCUUCUCCCCCUUCGGGAUCUCCCCACGCGUUCACGGUUCUUGUUUCCCCUCCGCGCUUGUACGCGCUCGUCUACGCGGCAGGAUUCUCCUGCCGUCUGCUCCCGACCACUGCAAGCGACGCAUCUCCUAGCUCGCCCGCCGAUGCUUGA